AUGGUCAGCCUACUUCCGAGCUUUAUUGGAUACAAUGGCUCAUCAAGUGAUAAAUACAUAUCGCCGACCAUUACUUCAAACAAUGCAAAUUCUGAUGGAUCCUUGAAAUUACACCAAGCAAAUUCCACAACAACAAACACUUCACGAAAUCAAUUGUCGAAACGAUUCGUCGAACCUGUUGGUUUGGAGGUUAAGGAAGCAAACUACAAGAUCAGUGUGCCCGAUUUUGCCACAUUACCGCCAUUGCAAUUGGGUUCCAAACUUAUUUCAAAUAUAAACAGGAUUGAUUCUAGUAUUCCACAUGACAUUUUCCUCUCGGAAGGUCAAAGCAGAACCGACUCGAGCUUAGACAACUACUACUUUGAUUAUGAAAAUGGCUUGAAGGACUUUUCCCGUUUCGAAAAAGUUGAGCAGAUUGAUUUACCCGAUAAGAUUUUUGAGCAGCACAAUCAAACGGAAUGUACAACUAAAAUUGGUUUAUUCCCUGAGAUUGAGCGUACAUGGCUUGCUGUUGAUAAUAAGUUGGUGUUAUGGAACUACCGCAUCCCGCAGUCGUCGUUCAAUAAGUCGGCCCAAUUCAUGACAAUUGAUCAAAUUCAAAACUCAGUAUUGACGGUCAAGUUGGCCACACCAAAGGAAGGGAUCUUUUCUAAAGAAAUAACCCACUUGUUACUAGUUGCAACUACAACAAGCAUUCAAAUUUUCUUGGUCAAAUACGACAAAAGCCUCAACAAUUUAGAGGUCUUGAAUCUCGACCUUUCUGUAUCGACACACGGGUUGGCGGUGGAUAAUUUUGCAGUGCAUCCAAGAACGGGUGACAUAUUUUUCAGUGGAGAUACAGAUGGUGUCAAUAUUUGGAGACUAGACUACUCCACCAAGUCUACAUUUACCAAGAACAGGUGCGACAAGGUUUGUUUGACAAAAGCGGGUUUGUCGAGCGUCAUCCCGUUCCUGGGAUUUGGAUUUGCGUCAGGAACUCCCUUCACUACAGAUUCAGUGUCGAAAAAUAUCCCCGAAAAGAUUGUGCAAUUGGAAAUUGAUGGAAGCCGAGACAUUUUAUAUUCGCUUUCGAACAAGUCAGUAAUCCGCGUAUACAAACUUCAACCCAAACAAGAUCACCUCGUGGAAGGAAGCACAUUAACACCCAGUCAAAUCUUCAAAUCAGCAUCCUCAGUAUUUGUCGAUGCCAGCAACUUCAAGGUUUUUGAACGUUUUAAAAUCAUCAGCAUUCACAGGGUUUCACCAGAGGAGUCCUCCACUGUGCAAUUGAUUGCAAUUACAAGUAAUGGAUCAAGAAUAUUACUCAAAUUGGGAUCGACUUCGUCAUUUUCUACUUUACUCACUUCUUCACUAUCUGCAGCCCAUGCGUUAAAGCUCAAUCUUGUCAACAUUAAAUUUCCUCCAGCUAGGGAGGCGCCCAUUGUUAACAACGAACUUGAUGCUUUCACUAGAGAUAGGCAAUAUAUUUCUCAAGUUAUCGCUAACCAACAAAAGUCCCAGCUACUUAAAAAUACAAAAAUUGCCAAAGUCAUUAGUCCAGGUGUGUUUCUUUGUGUCAAAAAGACCAAGAGAUCGGAUAAAUUGUUUAUUGCCACUGCAAAUUUUGGAUAUCUCAAGAAGAACAAUAAGCUUGUUGAAGACGCUGAGUUUGUGAGCUACACCUCCAAUGAAGAUGCUCCUUAUACUUACAUUCAAGAUAUUGUUCAAAUAACACCAUCAAUGAAUGCAACGACUACGCCAAACGGAUAUGCCAAUGUUGCUGCAAGUCAGUAUACAAAGGAACCAUUGAGAUUUGCUGUGUUGACAAAUUUUGGGAUUAUUGUGUAUCAGUUCAAGACCUCAGAUCAGAUCUUGAGAUCUUUGACUGACGAAGUCAUUGAAAACUUUAUCGAGGAAAAUGGGUACGAAGAAACUUGCUCCACGUUGUUGUAUUUGGGGUGCUCCUAUGGACAAUAUAACUCAAAUGACAUCUUUCAAAGAAAGGCACAAGUUUUGUUUUCAACUUGCGGUAGCAACGCACGGUUAACCGAUACAAGGUCAGCAUCUCAGCCAACAAGCUUGAUUCCACAUCACUCACUGUUGCAAAACUAUACUCCUCAUCCAACUGUUGAUCAAGUAAUUCUUAGUGAUAGGCUAUAUGGUACCUGUUUAUUGCUAGGAAGAUUCCUUCGAGAUAUAUGGGACAAGAAGGUAUUUGGAGCUUUGCCGGGCGUCAAUGUUACACCAGCGGGACAAAUUGAAAUAGCUAGUAUCAAGGAUAGGAAGGUUGUGGUGGGAAGUUUGAAUAUUGAUGAGAAGCAGAUUGAAUACUUUAUUGGAACUAUUGUGGUUUUGAUAGACUUUUUCGUACAGAAUGAAAGCAAUAUUCAAGGCUUGAGUGCUCCAAGUUAUAGCUCAGACCCUAAACAAUUUGAGAAUGAAGUUUGUUUGAGGGCCGAAAGCAUCGCGUUCACGUCAAUUUUCAAGUCAUUGGUCUCCAUGAAAGAAGCCCUUUCGUUCCUAAUGGUUGUUUUGGAGGAGCUUCACGGAAAUCAAGAAAAUUUUGACUCGCUUUUUGAGCUCCUUUCACUCACCAACCAAGCAAAUCUCUUAGCAAUAACAUUUAAGGACUUGUUGUUGCCAUCUAGGGAAGUUAAAGUCUUGAUAAAAGACCUCUUGUCAUCCAUCAUCAACAGCAAUAUCAGCAGAGGUGGGUCGAUAGAUUUGAUUGCAUCUUCUUUGCAAGCACGAUGUGGAUCUUUUUGCUCUACAAAUGAUGUGUUCAUAUUCAAGGCUCUUGAAAACCUCACUCGUGCCAAGAAGAUUGCUCCAAGGGACUCUGAAUUGAAAUUGAAAUGCUUGAGAAAUGCCGUUCUUUUGUUUGAAGAAUCAUAUGAGACGUUAACUUUUGACCAUAUUACAAAUGCGGUCGAUGUUAUGGUAGAUCUUGAGUACUACUCAGGUUCCAUUGGAAUGUUGUUGAACAUCGCCAAAAAGUUGGGAAACAAUGCUAAACUUCCAAACUUUGCUUACGGUCAGGUCAAUGAGAGCGUGGUUCAGCAAGAGCAUUUGGAAAUUGAGUCAAAGGUGAAAAAGAUGUACGAUACUAUAUUUUCUGUUUUACAAAAGAUUGAUGAGAAGGCAUUGAAAGUUGUGGAAACAAAUAAUCAACUUCUUAUCAACGGGUUUUUGGAAAUUAGGGAUCUUGCUUACGAUACUUGUUUUGCAUCAAAAAAUGAACAGUUCCAGUGCGCCUUUUAUGACUGGUUCAUCAACCAAGGUUUAAGUGAUCGUUUGUUGGAUGUCAAUACACCGUACAUUUUGCCGUAUUUGGAAAAGCGAUCAGAAACAAGUGUUGAUUUGACAAAUAUAUUGUGGCUGUACUAUGCCAAGAGAGAGAGGUACUACGAUGCGGCAAAGAUCUUAUACGCCUUGUCCAUUUCGCAAUUCACUCUUGAGCUAACUCAACGGGUUGAAUACUUGUCAAGAGCCAAUGGAUUCUGUAACUGUGUGUGUCCGCCUAAUUUAAGACAGGAAAUGAUCCAGCUUUCGUCAACGAUACAGGAGCUUUUUGAUGUCGCAAACCUCCAGUUGAGUUUACUUAGUAGGAUUGAAAGGGACCUGAGAAUCAACAAGGAAAAUAAGGAUCAUGCUGUGAAAUCAUUGAAUGGUAAAAUUUUACCCAUAAAUGAAUUAUUCAACACGUAUGCUGACCCGUUGGGAUACUACGAUUUGUCGCUUAUUAUCUUCAAGAUAGCCGACUACAAAAACAGUGACGACAUCUUGAAGAGGUGGGAGUUGUUAUUUGACAAAUUGUUGCACGAAUCAAAGACUUCAAAGGAGCCAUUUUAUGUGUUAUUGAGCGACGAGUUUACUCUCUACGGCCCGAAAUUGUCGUCAGAUGAUAUUGUAUUCCCAGUUGACGAGCUUAUAAUCUUGGUGAAGAAGACUCUUGAUAAGGCAGCAGAGUCUGAUCCCACUACUCAGAAGCCACCUAAAGGAUUUGUGACUGAUUUGUUUGUCAGGGCUGGGGUGAGUCCCGAGAAGUUGGAGUAUUUUACAAGUGCUUCGGAAAACAAUGCUUAG